CAGAGUGGGUAGUCUUCUAUUGUGAGCUGUUUUGCUUGACGAUCCAUCGACAAUCACACUUGCAGUUUGUGAGGCAGCUCCCUCCGCUGAGCCGUUCUCCGUUCGAUGUUUCAAAAAAUGUGGUCGUGGACUCUCUUGACCAUUACUCUUGCAUCCGUGGCACAUGGAGACUUCAUAGCAAAUCACUUCAUGGAUCAAAUUCUGAACGAGAUGAGAGUGCAGGUCACAAACGGCGGCUUGGAUCCGCUGAGGGCCAAUCCAUUCAAUGUUUUCGUACGGAAAAACGGAGCCUUCAAUCACGACUGUACGGGGCAGUUCCUACAAGGCUCUGGUUACGGACUCAGCAAUAUCGUACGGCUCGGAGACUGCACCUAUGGACCCUAUGGGAACGGAAUGAAGCUCGGCUGCAACGUCGCUCUCAGCUCUUUCAAAUUCAUGAUGAACGCUGACAUUAAGGGUGAUACCUUCUCCGACAAGACACAUUCGGUGUCCACCUCAUCGCAAGUGCAUCCUAGGAGUUAUGCUGUGAUAGAAGUUCAAGGAACGCGCGGAUUUGCGGCGCGGCUCGAUAAAAUCACCGUCCCAUCAAUCACCCUGACAACGAACGUCAUUCAGGGCAAGAUCGACUUGAAUAGCGCUAGGUUUACGGACUUCGUGAAGCAAGUGAACGGAAACCUCGCCACCCAGCUCGCUAUGACCUUGACCAACGCGUACUCGCACCUUUUCGCCAAUGUUGUCACUCAGCAUGCGAUGCCAUGAAUUCGAGUUCUGGGAUAGAGGAAGCUCGGAGCUCCAAGUGGACCCGAAGUGGCUCCCAGUAUUGAAAAGGUUGGCAGCGAAUCGACUCCAGGCCCGAGGAGGAACUACUCGAAACUUAUUUUGGUCCUGAUUUGCUUCCAAUGUACUCGAAUAAAGGAUAUUGAUUUGGGCAAAA